AGCCCGAGAGUCACGUGGGUGGAGCCCACGUGACCGGAGGCCCGCGUCCAACAUGGCGGCCUCCAUGGGUCGCUGGCUCCUCUUCCUCACGCUGCUCAGCUUCCUCUGGGACGCGUCCGGCGGCUUGGGUUGGGGGCCCUCCCUGGACGACGACUUGCUGCUGCCCUACCCCCGCGCGCGCGCGCGCUCCGCCCGGGACUGCGCGAGGGUGCGUGUCGGCAGCCGCGAGCACGAGAGCUGGCCGCCCUCCCCCGCGACCCCCGGCGCCCGCCGCCCCGCGGUGCGCACCUUCGUUUCGCAUUUCGCCGGCCGCGCGGUGCCCGGCCACCUGACGCGGGCUGCCGAGCCCCUGCGCACCUUCUCGGUGCUGGAGCCCGGCGGGCCCGGCGGCUGCGCGUCGAGGCGCCGCGCCACCGUGGAAGAGACGGCGCGGCCGGCCGGCUGCAGCGUCGCCCAGAACGGCGGCUUCUUCCGCAUGGCCACCGGCGAGUGCCUGGGGAACGUGGUGAGCGACGGGCGGCGGGUGAGCAGCUCCGGGGGCCUGCAGAACGCGCAGUUCGGGAUCCGCCGCGACGGGACCCUGGUCACCGGGUACCUGUCUGAAGAGGAGGUGCUGGACACUGAGAAUCCAUUUGUGCAGCUGCUGAGUGGGGUCGUGUGGCUGAUUCGAAAUGGAAGCAUCUACAUCAAUGAGAGCCAGGCGACUGAGUGCGAUGAGACACAGGAGACAGGUUCCUUCAGCAAAUUUGUGAAUGUGGUAUCGGCCAGGACGGCUGUGGGCCAUGACCGGAAGGGGCAGCUGGUGCUCUUCCAUGUGGACGGGCAGACGGAGCAGCGGGGCAUUAACCUGUGGGAGAUGGCGGAGUUCCUGCUGAAACAGGAUGUGGUCAACGCCAUCAACCUGGAUGGAGGGGGCUCUGCUACCUUCGUGCUCAAUGGGACCUUGGCCAGUUACCCGUCAGAUCACUGCCAGGAUAACAACAUGUGGCGCUGUCCCCGAAGUGUGUCCACUGUGGUGUGCGUGCACAAGCCCCGCUGCCAGCCGCCUGACUGCAGUGGCCACGGAACCUGUGUGGAGGGUCACUGCCAGUGCACGGGGCACUUCUGGCGGGGCGUCGCCUGCGACGAGCUGGACUGUGGCCCCUCCAACUGCAGCCAGCAUGGGCUCUGCACAGAGACUGGCUGUCGCUGCGAAGCUGGAUGGACAGGGUCCAACUGCAGUGAAGCUUGCAGCAAUGGCUCCUUUGGAGAGGAUUGUGCCAAGAAGUGUCAGUGCCAGAAUGGAGCUGCCUGUGACCCAGUUCGGGGGACCUGCACCUGUCCCCCUGGCUUCACUGGAGACAGCUGUGUUCAGGAGUGUCCCCUCGGCUGGCACGGGCCAGGCUGCCAGAGACCUUGUGAGUGUGAGCACCAGUGUCCCUGUGAUCCCCAGACUGGUAACUGCAACCUCACCCAGGCUCCCAACCUGAGCAGCAUUCUCUCCCAAGUGAAGCAGUGUCUCCAGCCAUCCCAGGUCAGCCUGCAGACAAGAGAAUUCUCCCUCCUCACUGGGACCACCUGUCUGGCCCUCACCCUGGCCCUGGUUUUCCUUCUGCUGAUCAGCAUAGUGGCGAAUGUGUCCUUGCUCCUCGGUUCGAGGGCAGAGCGGAGCCGGCACCUGGAUGGGUCCUAUGUCUACCACCCGCUGCAAGAGAUGAACGGGGAGCUCUCGGCUGCCGAGAAGGAGCAGCCGGGUGAGACCUGCAACCCCUUCAAGGACUGAACGACCCAGCUGCCCACCAUGGCCUGUUUGGAGGCUCAUUUUGACGCUGUCUGGCUUCUGCAAGGGAUAGUCCAAGGCCACUGACUCUGGGUGGCCUCAGCCCCAGGGCCAAGCCAAGCUUCUGAUAGCAGGUAUGCCUCAGCCCCUCACCUGGCCCUCGGCCAUCUUGCCUGGAUGUCUGCCAUGGCAGGAGCAACCUGAGCAACACAGUGUUCCCGAGACACUGCUCCUUCCCCGCCUGCCUGUGUCUGCUGCCAUGAGGCCCGUCCCCCAGGGCCUCCGCCAAAGAGCCUCCAGCCUCCUGGGGCCGGCCACCAGCGAAUGGAACUCUCCGUGACCUAGUGGGGGGUGCCGGCCGGCCCCCUUGCACUGGGGUGGAUUAAAGAGACAACGGCCAUGUCACGGGACCUUUUUUAUAGACCUCAUCACGGCAUUUGCCAACUAGAAUUCAGUUUCCUAUCACAGGAAACUCCUUAGAAUGGACGGGGGAUGAAAUCAUGUUUACAGGCUUUCUAUUUUGUCAUCCUACCAUCCAGAGGGUUUUUAUACCUCUUGAGUAAAUUUACAUAAUUAAAGGAGCCCUAAGGCAGUGGCUGAAUUCUGAAUCAUGGACUUGAGAGUGCUCCUGGGUCUUAAUAGACAGGGCUCCUUUACCGGAGCCCUGAGCAGGCAGCCCCCAGCACCUCUGGCUCCCUGAGGUAUCUGUUUAUUUCAUGUGCACCUGAGUCACCUGGAGACCUUAUUAAAAUGCAGAUUCUGGCCCA